GGCUCUGCGGCUCUUCGCUCUGCCGGCCUCCCGCAUGGCGCUGCGCAGCUUCUGCAGCGCUGAUGGCCCCGAUCCACUUUGGGACUGGAAUGUCACAUGGUACACCAGCAACCCCGACUUUACCAAGUGCUUUCAGAACACAGUCCUCACAUGGGUGCCUUGUUUCUACCUCUGGACCUGUUUCCCCCUCUAUUUCUUCUAUCUCUCCCGACAUGACCGGGGCUACAUCCAGAUGACACACCUCAAUAAAGCCAAAACUGCCUUAGGAUUUUUUCUGUGGCUUAUCUGCUGGGCAGACCUCUUCUACUCUUUCUGGGAAAGAAGUCAGGGGGCAGUCCUAGCCCUGGUGUUACUCGUCAGCCCGACACUGCUGGGCAUCACCAUGCUGCUCGCCAUCUUUUUAAUUCAGCUUGAGCGAAGGAAGGGAGUCCAAUCCUCCGGGAUUAUGCUUACUUUCUGGCUUGUAGCCCUACUGUGUGCCCUAGCCAUCUUAAGAUCUAAGAUCAUCUCUGCCUUAAAAAAGGAUGCCCAAGUGGACGUGUUUCGAGACACCACAUUCUAUAUGUACUUCACUCUUGUGCUCAUCCAGCUUGUGCUGUCCUGCUUCUCAGACUCCUCACCCCUCUUCUCUGAAACUGUCCACGACCUGAAUCCAUGCCCAGAAUCCAGCGCCUCUUUCCUUUCCAGGAUCACUUUCUGGUGGAUUACAGGGAUGAUGGUGCAGGGCUACCGCCAGCCCCUGGAGAGCAGUGACCUCUGGUCACUGAAUAAAGAGGACACGUCAGAAGAAGUGGUUCCUGUGCUAGUGAAUAACUGGAAGAAGGAAUGUGCUAAGUCAAUGAAGCAGCCUGUACGGAUUGUGUAUGCCCCUCCCAAAGAUCCCAGCAAGGCCAAGGGAAGUUCCCAGUUGGAUGUGAAUGAGGAGGUUGAGGCACUGAUUGUCAAGUCGCCCAAGAAGGACCGGAACCCCUCUCUGUUCAAAGUGUUAUACAAGACCUUUGGGCCCUACUUCCUCAUGAGCUUCCUCUUCAAGGCCCUUCAUGACCUGAUGAUGUUUGCUGGCCCCGAGAUCUUGAAAUUGAUUAUCAACUUUGUGAAUGACAGGGAGGCCCCCAACUGGCAGGGAUACUUCUACACAGCACUGCUGUUUGUCAGUGCUUGUCUACAGACACUGGUGCUACACCAGUACUUUCACAUCUGCUUCGUCAGCGGCAUGCGCAUCAAGACAGCCGUGGUUGGCGCUGUCUAUCGAAAGGCUCUCGUGAUCACCAAUUCAGCUAGAAAGUCCUCCACAGUUGGGGAGAUUGUCAACCUCAUGUCUGUGGACGCCCAACGCUUCAUGGACUUGGCCACGUACAUUAACAUGAUCUGGUCAGCCCCUCUGCAAGUCAUCCUAGCCCUCUACCUCCUGUGGCUGAACCUGGGCCCUUCUGUGCUGGCUGGGGUCGCUGUGAUGAUCUUUAUGGUGCCCUUCAAUGCUGUGAUGGCUAUGAAGACCAAGACCUACCAGGUGGCACAUAUGAAGAGCAAAGACAACAGAAUCAAGCUGAUGAAUGAGAUCCUUAAUGGGAUCAAAGUACUCAAGCUGUAUGCCUGGGAGCUGGCGUUUCAGGACAAAGUUUUAAACAUCAGGCAGGAGGAGCUGAAGGUGCUGAAGAAAUCUGCCUAUUUGGCGGCUGUGGGCACAUUCACCUGGGUCUGCACACCUUUCCUGGUGGCCCUGUCAACCUUUGCUGUCUAUGUGACUGUGGAUGAAAACAACAUCUUAGAUGCAAAGAAAGCCUUUGUGUCCCUAGCCCUAUUCAAUAUCUUGCGCUUCCCACUCAACAUCCUGCCCAUGGUCAUCAGCAGCAUUGUGCAGGCAAGUGUCUCCCUCAAGCGUCUCAGAAUUUUUCUGUCUCAUGAGGAGCUGGAGCCAGACAGCAUCGAGCGGUGCUCGAUCAAGGAUGGUAGAGGGAUGAACAGCAUCAGUGUGAAGAAUGCAACGUUCACUUGGUCCAGGGGUGAACCUCCCACACUGAAUGGCAUCAGCUUCUCCAUCCCUGAAGGAGCGCUUGUGGCCGUUGUGGGCCAAGUAGGCUGCGGGAAGUCAUCUUUGCUGUCAGCACUGCUGGCUGAGAUGGAUAAGGUGGAGGGACAUGUGGCUCUCAAGGGCUCUGUGGCCUAUGUGCCCCAGCAGGCCUGGAUUCAGAAUGACACUCUCCGAGAGAACAUACUGUUUGGGCACCCCCUGCAGGAACGUUACUACAAGGCAGUGAUGGAAGCCUGUGCCCUUCUCCCGGAUCUGGAAAUCUUGCCCAGUGGGGACCGGACAGAGAUUGGUGAGAAGGGCGUGAACCUGUCAGGGGGCCAGAAGCAGCGUGUGAGCCUGGCCCGGGCUGUGUACUGUAACUCUGACAUCUACCUCUUUGACGACCCCCUCUCGGCUGUGGAUGCACAUGUUGGGAAGCACAUCUUUGAGAAGGUGGUUGGUCCCACGGGCCUACUGAAGAACAAGACACGGAUCCUGGUGACCCAUGGUAUCAGCUACCUGCCCCAAGUGGAUGUCAUCAUUGUCAUGAGUGGUGGCAAGAUCUCAGAGAUGGGAUCUUACCAGGAGUUGCUAGACCGGGAUGGGGCCUUCGCUGAGUUCGUGCGCACCUACGCCAGCGCUGAGCAGGACCUGGCUUCAGAAGAUGACAGUGUCAGUGGUUUAGGGAAGGAGUCAAAGCCAGUGGAGAAUGGGAUGCUGGUGACAGAUACGGUGGGGAAACACCUGCAGAGGCAUCUCAGCAGCUCUUCUUCCCACAGUGGGGAUACUGGCCAACAGCACAGUAGCAUGGCUGAACUGCAGAAGACCGGAACCAAGGAGGAGACCUGGAAGCUGAUGGAAGCAGACAAGGUGCAGACAGGGCAGGUGCAGCUGUCAGUGUACUGGAACUACAUGAAGGCCAUUGGCCUCUUCAUCUCCUUCUUGAGUAUCUUCCUUUUCCUGUGCAACCAUGUGUCAGCACUGGCCUCCAAUUAUUGGCUGAGCCUCUGGACAGAUGACCACCCCAUUGUCAAUGGGACUCAGGAACACAGGAAUUUCCGACUAAGUGUUUAUGGGGCCUUGGGCAUCUUGCAAGGGGUGGCAGUAUUUGGUUACUCCAUGGCUGUGUCCAUUGGGGGCAUCUUUGCCUCUCGUCACCUCCACCUGGACCUGCUGCACAAUGUUCUGCGAUCACCGAUGAGUUUCUUUGAGCGUACACCCAGUGGGAACCUUGUGAACCGAUUCUCCAAGGAGCUGGACACGGUGGACUCCAUGAUCCCGCAGGUCAUCAAGAUGUUCAUGGGCUCACUCUUCAGCGUCAUUGGAGCUGUCAUUGUCAUCCUGUUGGCCACACCCAUUGCUGCUGUCAUCAUCCCACCCUUGGGCCUUGUCUACUUCUUUGUGCAGAGGUUCUAUGUAGCCUCCUCUCGACAGCUGAAGCGCCUGGAGUCUGUCAGCCGUUCUCCUGUGUAUUCACACUUCAAUGAGACCUUGCUGGGGGUCAGUGUCAUCCGUGCCUUUGAGGAGCAGGAACGCUUCAUUCGCCAGAGUGACCUGAAAGUGGAUGAGAAUCAGAAGGCCUACUACCCCAGCAUUGUGGCCAACAGGUGGCUUGCUGUUCGCCUUGAGUGUGUGGGCAACUGCAUUGUGCUGUUUGCUGCCCUGUUUUCAGUCAUCUACCGGCACAACCUCAGUGCUGGCUUGGUGGGCCUCUCAGUGUCUUACUCACUGCAGAUAACUGCAUACUUGAACUGGCUGGUUCGAAUGUCCUCUGAGAUGGAGACCAACAUUGUGGCCGUGGAGAGACUAAAGGAGUAUUCUGAAACGGAGAAGGAAGCUCCUUGGCAAAUCCAGGAGACGGCUCCACACAGCACCUGGCCCCAUUCUGGCCGUGUAGAGUUCCGAGACUACUGCUUGCGGUAUCGAGAAGACUUGGACUUGGUUCUCAAGCACAUAAAUGUCACCAUCGAGGGUGGAGAAAAGGUUGGUAUUGUGGGUCGUACAGGUGCUGGGAAGUCAUCUCUUACCCUGGGUUUGUUCCGGAUCAAUGAAUCUGCAGAAGGGGAGAUUAUUAUUGAUGGGGUGAACAUUGCCAAGAUUGGCCUGCACGACCUGCGCUUUAAGAUCACCAUCAUUCCUCAGGAUCCUGUUUUGUUCUCGGGUUCUCUCCGCAUGAACCUGGACCCUUUCAGUCAGUAUUCUGAUGAAGAAGUCUGGAUGGCCCUGGAGCUCGCUCACCUGAAGGACUUUGUGUCAGCCUUGCCUGACAAGCUGAAUCAUGAGUGUGCAGAAGGCGGAGAGAACCUGAGUGUGGGGCAGCGACAGCUUGUGUGCCUGGCCCGAGCUCUGCUGAGGAAGACAAAGAUUCUAGUGUUGGAUGAGGCUACAGCAGCUGUGGACCUUGAGACAGAUGACCUCAUUCAGUUCACCAUCCGGACGCAGUUUGAAAGCUGUACUGUGCUUACUAUUGCUCAUCGGCUUAAUACCAUUAUGGACUAUACAAGGGUGAUUGUCCUGGACAAAGGAGAAGUUCGGGAGUGCGGCACACCCUCUGAACUCCUGCAGCAGAGGGGCAUCUUCUAUAGCAUGGCCAAGGAUUCUGGCUUGGUGUGAGCUGAGCUCUGGUGCAUCCAGUAAGAACUAUAGAGCCAGCAUCCCAGUGUCCAGGGAUGAGCCAGCAACCCUGGGAACAUAAGCUUCCCAGACCAAAACAAAACAAAACCAAAAACAAAUAAACAAAUAAAGGAAAAGAAAACCAAACUAACAAGAAGCAAAACACACAAAGCAGCAGUCAUAAUUUAGUCCCAUCCUGGAUCUGACCUUGAAGCAACUUGGGAGACAGAUAUAUCCCACUUCAAACUUAUGUCUGGACUCUGACACCACUUGUGAGGCUCCCUGGAAGUUCAUCUAUGCUCCUGCUGCAGUCCACAGCAAGACCUUGGGCAGCUAAAUACAGUAGCGACCAAACACAAGCCACUGCCUCAUGUCUCUUCAGCCACAUCCAUGGAUGCCCCUGCCUCAAGGGUCUUCAGCCACAUCCAUGGAUUCCUUGGAAUCCUCUCCUGGCCCUACCAGCUAUCACCUCCACAGUCCUGUUGGUUAUAAAAGAGUGCUUCCUUUCUUCAGGCCUUCAGUUGAAAGCAUGGGAACCAACCAAACAAAGAAAUAUCCCCUUGUCUGCCAUCUGUUCUUCAGGCACCCAAACACUGCUCCCUGUACCCAGCACAGGUCUCACAGGACCUGCUUUAGAGGCAGCCUUCUUUGUGAAGGGACCAGGCCAGACAACACUCCCAUCACAAGGACUUACACCCUGCCCUACCAUCACUUCCUUGCUUUCUGCCUUUCCUGUCCAUCUCUGGGGAGGACUCACUCCUCACAGAAGGUCUAUGAGUAGUUUAGAGCAGCAAAAGUCAAGAGCAUGAGGGAAGAAUCUGGUAACAAAGAUAGAGCCAGAGUACAAGAAGAGAAACAAUCACAAAUAGUGAUCUCUCUCCCUCUACCCCCCAUUUUUGAGCAUCUUUCCAGGAAGAAAGCUGAUCCAAAGAAUUUGAUGUCUAGGGAGGAGAUACUAGACUCAGGGAAUAGCAAUGCCCAGCUCUGCACUUGAUCCUGCUCUGCUCUGCAUAGUGGUCCUUUAGAUGUUUGGGUCUAGAUCAAAGAGAAAUCCCCUAGGGCAGCAAGAACUUGCUGCUAGCCACAAUUCAUACUUGCUAUGAAUUUGGCCCUGAUUUCAGUCCCAGAGAAGUAUCCUUUUUCUUUAGGUGGCAAUGUAUGGUUUUUUGUUUUGUUUUGUUUUGUUUUGUUUUUAAGUUAAUACCAUUCUUUCACAUUAAAGGACCUAGAUUUCUUCUGAGGGUCUUUUUGUAAUGACACUGGAAACAUGAAUAUUUGCAAGUACUUUGCAGUAAAGAAAAAUGUUUUAUUUCUUUCUAAACAACCACUUUAUUUUCUUUUGGCUACAGAAGUUUCCAGCCUCCACUCUAGAAGAACCAGGCUGGGACAGCUGUGUUAUUUUACCAUUGCUAUCAAUACUGGCAGGGCACGAUUAGAGAGGUGGUUCAGCACUGAAGAGUGCUUGCUCCUCUUGCAGAGGACUGAAGUUAGAUCUCGGCACCUGCAUCUCUUGGCAACAACUGCCUAUACUUCUAGCUGCAAGGGGUCCAGUGCCCUCUUCUGGGCAAACAAAAAUAAAGAAAUGGGGAGGCCAAGGUUAAGAGCUGCGUGGGGUCUAGCAGUAAGUCAGAAUGGCAAAGUAUACAAAUACUCUGGCUUGAGUGUCUUACUGGCAUUUUUUGGUCAUGUGACCCUGGGCAAAACACUUAAGCUACGAGCUUCAGCUCUAUCUGCCUAAGGUGGCCAAGUUCAGGUUCUGAGACAAAAGUCACAAGUGGCCCCAAAUACUUCUCUCUAGUAGGGUGGGGCUGAUCUAUAAUAACAGUGCUUAAGAUCUUGGGAAACGGAGCUGGUGAGAUGGCUCAAGAUGGUAAAGUGAUUGCCAUAUAUGCAUGACAGCCUGCAUUGCAAUCCCCAGCAAAGCCAGGUCUAACAGUAUAUGCAUAUAGUCCCAGCUCUGGGGAGGAAACAGGAGUAUCCCUGUGGCUCUUUGGCCAGCCUAGUUAAAUUGGUGAACUACUUGUUCAGUGAUAGCAUAAGGUAGGGGCUGGAGCUCAGUGGUUAAGAAUGCAUCAUGCUUUUGCAAAGGACUAUGGUUCAGUCCCCAACACCCAUAUUGGGCAGCUCAGAACUACUUGUAACUUGAGUUUCUGGCCUCUGAGGUCACCUGCACUCAUGCACAUAAACACCAACUUACAUACAUACAUAUAAUAAAUAAAGUGAAUCAAAAAAAGAUAAGCUGGAAAGAUGGCUUAGUGGUUAAGAGCACUGGCUAUUCUUCCAGAGGACCUGGUUUCAAUUCCUAGGACCUACAUGGUAGCUCACAACUCAUAAACAUCUGUAACUCCAGUUUCUUCUGGCCUCUUUGAGCACCAGUCGUGAACGUUGUACACAGGUGCAUAUAUAGACAGAAUGCCCAUACACAUAAAAUACAUUUUUUUUUAAAGGUAAAGAAAAAUACCAAACAGUCUCUGGGCCACAUAUGCAUACAAAAUGAACACAGGUUUGAUAAUCUCCAAGGAGAGUUGGGCCCCUCUCUAGAGUGAACACCCACAUUGUUCUCUUGUCCUUGACACUCAAGGGCUGGCUUCUGGGUCCCCAUAGUGGGGGAUUGGAGAAUGUGGAUAACAACCAGCCUCUUCCAUUUCUAAAACUGGAGAGGAUAUUUGUGUCCCCUCACAGUUCAUUGGCAAAGCCAACCACAUGCUUGGCCACAACCAAAACACAAAGG